CCAAAAAAUCAAUCCCGAUCGCGACACGCGACGACAGCCGAACCCGACCCAUCACCCACCUCGGUGGAGCGAACUGCCUCCGUCAGAUCCAGAUCCAACGGCCAGCAUUCCCUCUCCCCUUCUCUCUCUUUCUCCUCUACCGGCACCGACCAAGCUCAAGCGGCCGCCGCCUCCUCCCGACGCGAAUCUCGUUUGCUCUCCGCCGCAAAAUCUCCCGAUGGCUCUCGACGCCACCGCGCCGUCGAGCGGCGGCGGUGGGGAUGGAGACGAGGCCGUGCGGCCGUUGCUCCCCGCCGCCUCCGACGCGGAGGCGGAGGAGCUGGACGCGAUGUACGCGCCGUACGCGCGGCGGGACGCGUACGGGACGAUGGGCCGAGGGGAGCUCCCGGCCCUGCGGCGGGUGGAGCUGGUCCUCAGGGCGGUCCUCCUCGUCCCGGUCCGGUUCGUCGCCGGGAUGCUCCUGCUCGUCGCCCACUACCUCGUGUGCCGCGCGUGCACGCUGUUCGUGGACGGGGUGGCGGAGGGGCGGUCGCGGCUGGAGGGGUGGAGGAGGGUGGCCGUGGUGCAGUCCGGCCGCGCGCUGGCGCGGGCAAUGCUCUUCGUCUUCGGGUUCUACUGGAUCCGCGAGACCGACCGAAGCUGCUCCCCAAAUGCUGAGGAUAUACAUCAAGAUCAAUCUGAAGAAUUGGAAAUACCAGGGGCAAUUGUGUCUAAUCAUGUGUCUUAUAUAGAUAUUCUUUAUCACAUGUCAGUUUCUUUUCCAAGCUUUGUUGCAAAGGAGUCGGUGUCGAGGUUACCCCUAGUUGGCCUCAUUAGCAAAUGUCUCGGAUGCAUUUUUGUUCGACGAGAAUCCAAAGGUUCAGAUUCUAAAGGAGUUGCAGGUGCUGUAACUGAAAGGGUCCAAGAGGUUUCUCAACAUAAGAAUUCCUCGAGGAUGUUGCUGUUUCCUGAGGGUACUACCACGAAUGGGGAUUACCUUCUUCCAUUUAAGACAGGAGCCUUUCUUGCAAGAGUACCAGUUCAGCCAGUCAUCUUAAGAUAUCCUUACACAAUGUUUAGUCCAGCCUGGGACUCCAUGGAUGGGAUAUCUACCCUGACUUGGAGGAUCGAAAGGUGUGAGCAAGAACACUAGAAAACACAACGAAAGUAUGCUCUACAAAUUUCACUUAGAACGUCAAGAAAUUAGGGGAAAUUCUCAGUAAGAAGGUAAUAGAAAAGCUUGAUUGUAGCUUUUGAUCUCACAGAAGUUGGUUUUUUUAGGACAAAGAAAUUUGAUUAUAGUCGAGUAAUUUUCCUGAAAUAUUAAAUUGUUGUAAUUGAAGAUUGAACCAAAAUUAAGGGCACCUGAAUUUUUAAUGGCGUGAGCACUUUGCCCUACCCCUGGCACUGCAGUAUGGGCCUGAUCAGCGCCUACAAGUAGAGACAGGAAUCCAUCAGCAAAGUAUGUAAAUCGUGCUAGUCCAGACUCCAGGAUAUCAUUUUGCUCCAGGAUUGAUGAUAUUUGGAGUAUUUUGUUAGGAUACUAUGGCCUAAUGGCCUGAACCUAGGACUUGCAAUUCACCUCAUAUAUUUUUCAUUAACAAUGUUGUUGCCAAUUUCUGUUGAGUUGAUAUAUAAUAUGGAGUCUCCCUUUGUACUAAAGUACAGGCUGUUGAAAUCAUUAGAUUGCUUGCUUCUUGUUAUAAAUCAUAUUUUAGCUAGUUUAGUAAAUUCUAAAAGACAUGCUAUUGUAUUAUGAACACCGAUACUGCCAGCAAUUUGUGUCCAUACAGUUCACAAUGCAAACAUAAUUAGAGGAUUAGAGCACCUUUUUCGUGUUUCUAUGUAACAUCCAACCAAGUCUUGAUGGUUGUUACGAGUCCUUUUCAGAAGCAUAUGGAAUGUGAAACUGUAAUGCUAUGCAUAGGGUGUUGUUUCUACUGGGGCCUUUACCAUUUAUGGCUUUUGAACAAUACAAUUGAAUUAUGAAAAAAUGGUAUUCGUAAA